CGCAUGCGUACUCAAACAAAUCAUGUCAAACCACAGAAAUGAAACUGUUCCUCUGAAACCAACCUGAGGAUGUGCUGAACGAGCAGUUUUGGGAUCGUUGGAGUGUCACUUAAGGGGCUUGUUAAACAGCAAGCCACAACAACAACAACAACAUCAUGUUUGGUAAAAAGAAGAGAGCACCGCAGCCCAGAGGCCAAGGCGCUGCUGCAGCCAAGCAGAUGGGUCUGUUUGUAGACCUGGACCCAGAGGAGAUGAUGAUGGGCAUGGAGGGGAAUGUGGACGACCCGGACUUGGAGGCGGAACUUGCCGCUAUUACUGGCAAUAAAGCUGCUGCGGGAGGGAGAGCCAAGCAGAAGGGGAAAAGCCCGCUGCCCAUGGAAGACAUCGCAAAAAUGGCUGACGAGUGUAUGAAAGAUGUCGAUGACGAUGAAGAUGACAGUGACCUGGAAGACGACGAAGAUCUAUUGGCAGAGCUACAGGAAGUGGUGGGUGAGGAGGAAGCUGAGGAUGCCGUACCUGUUUGCUCGAAAUCCUCUGCCACCGCUUCUCAAGCUGAAGCACCAGAGUCGCCAGUGACACAGCAUCAGGACGUGAAGGUCUCCUCGGCAGCUCCGGGCAGCCUCCAGCACACCCUGGAGGAGAGAGCUUUCAUGUACAAGACGGCCUUGCAAAACGCCAAAACUGCAGGCGAGACCUCCAAAGUCAGGAGAUACGAUCGCGGCCUGAAGACUCUGGAGUCGAUGUUGGCGGGUAUUAAAAAAGGGAGACCCGUGAACGAGGCGGAGAUCCCUCCUCCUGUUGCCACUGGAGCCCCGAGUGCCACCUCUCGGCCUGCUGUUCCUCAUCGACCAGCUCCCCCCGUACCCUCGCCGUCUGAACCCCCUCCUUCAGAUCAGCAGGGGGAGUCAGAGGCCACGCCUGCCGUACCGGAGCUCCUCGCCCCCAGCAGUGAAGAGGAGCAGUCGUCCUCUGCCGCCCUGCUCAGUCUGAGCACCGUCCCAUCUCCGGAGGAGCAGACGGAGGAAGCUGCCGUCCAGCCUCAGACCAGUCCCACAGAUGCGAACGAGUCGACCAAGACGUUGCUUUUGGAGAGGCAGAAAGAAUACAAGAUGGCAGCUCUGACAGCCAAGAAGCAGGGAGAUGUGGAGCAAGCCCGGCUGUACUUCAAGACCAGCAAGAAGUUCGAUGCGGCGAUUGAGGCGUUGGAUAAGGGACAAGCAGUCGACCUGGGUGGCCUUCCUCCGUCUCCACAGGCGACAGGUGGAGGCUCUGCUCCAGUGAGGGAAACUCCCUCAAGGCAAAACAUAGAUGUCACUCAACUGGUUACAGCCGCUCCAGCCGCCGCCCCUUCGGCUCCCAAAGACGUGCUGGAGGCUCUCGAGCAGAGACGGGCCAAGUACGUGGAGGCGUCCAAUCAGGCCAAAGCCGGCGGAGACGACCGCAAGGCCCGGAUGCACGACCGGAUCGCCAAGCAAUACCAGAGUGCCAUCCGAGCUCACAAAGCAGGAAAAGAGGUCAACUUUGAGGAGCUGCCGGUUCCCCCUGGUUUUCCUCCAAUCCCGGGCCAGAAGGAGACGGGAGCGGAGCAGGGAUUCAUUGCUGCUCUGGAGGCAGCAGAUAAGCUUUCCUCCACUGAUGAUGCCGAAAUGGCGAAUGAAGAAGAAGAUGAGGAGGAAGAGUCGAAGCCAGCAGCUCCAGAAGAGCCAAAGAAGCUCAUGUUAGACGUCCCCACUGCAGGGCAAGGACGGAAGAGGACGCCGUCUGCUUCACCUGACGGAACAGCCACCAGGGAAGGACUUUCACCAUCAGCGGGUCAGCAGCUUGAGUUUCUGGAGGGCAGGAAGAAGCAGUACAUGAAGGCGGCUCUGCAGGCAAAGCAGAAGAACGACAUGGAGCAGGCCAAGGUCUUCCUCCGCACCGCCAAGGGCUUCGAACCCAUGAUCGAGGCCGCACGCAGCGGCAGGACUGUGGACAUUAGUGCGGUGCCGUCGCCCCCUGGUGACGAAGACGAGGACUUCAUCCUGGUUCAUCACAGCGACGUGCAGAUCUCAGAGAAGGCCGAGCAGCUUUACACACGGCUGGCCAAGAUCCUCAAAGAGCAGUACGAGAAAUGUAUGACUCACUCCAAGCAGUUCACUCACCUGGGGAACGUCACGGAAACAACAAAGUUUGAGAAGAUGGCGGAGAGUUGUAAGAAGAGUCUGGAGGUGCUGAAGCUGGCUCAGUCCAGAGGUCUCCCUCCUCCUAAGCAUCACUUUGAGGAGAGAUCAUUUCACACUGUCAGGAUAUUUCCAGACCUGAGCAGCACCGACAUGGUUGUUGUCAUCGUCAAAGGGAUGAACCUUCCUGCUCCUAGUGGAAUUCAAACAAACGAUCUGGAUGCAUACGUGAAGUUCGACUUCCCCUACCCCAGCGCGGAGCAGCCGCAGAAACACAAAACAGCUGUCAUCAAGAACACAAACUCCCCAGAAUACAACCAGAGCUUCACUCUGUCGAUCAAUCGGAACCACCGCGGCUUCAGGAGGGUGGUGACGUCUAAAGGCCUCAAGCUGGAGCUGCUGCACAAAGGCGGUUUCUUGCGGAGCGACAAGCCGAUCGGGACGGCCCACCUAAAGCUGGAGAAGCUGGAGUCGCAGAGUGAAAUCAGGGAGAUCGUAGAGGUGAUGGACGGUCGUAAAGCCACAGGCGGUCGUGUUGAGGUUAAGAUCCGGCUACGGGAGCCUCUGAGCGGACAGGACAUGCAGAAGAGCACCGAGCGCUGGCUGGUGAUCGACCCGUCACAGGUUCUCGUUUAGAUGCUGCUGCAAGAUCAAAGAGGAUUCACAAGAUAAAGAUUAAAGGCACUCAAUCAGAAUCACUUGGAGGAGGACGGUCUGUUCUUCAGUCUGACCUACGCGAGUCUGUGACUUAAAACUUUUGCACAUUUGGGAGACACGAGAGCUCCUGUCACACUGCGGUCCACCAGGAGGAGACACGGUGCUGGUUUAGGGCCGGCCAGCGUCUGUCUGUCUGUCUGUCUGUCUGUCUAUCUAUCUCUAUCUCUCUCUCUCUCUCUCACAGAAUGUGUACAUAUUCCUCAUAUUAUUACAGCUCUGGUAUCUAGAACUGCACCUAUGCACUAAUACCAAAGUAAUCACUGUUGCUGUAAAAUCCUGCAUAUUUGAAAUUUGCCUUUCAGCAGCCAAACCUGUUACGAUGACGCCAGAGUUUAAUGUGUGACGGGACCCCCCCCCCCCCCCCCCCGGACACAUUUCAUCUGGUUUUCAGUGUGAGAACAAAGGCAGACGCAGAAGCUCUGAGAUGUUUUUAUAGGAGUAAGCCAAGUAAUGAUGAUGAUGAUGUACAAGAUACGGUGAUAUGAUUAUGCUGAAGACCACACUCCCUUUUGUUUUUUGGCACCUUUGACUGCGGUCACUAAACUGCUCUCUCACUUAUCUGUGGCUUUAGCUAUGUUACAUUUAUAUCUGUCUGUUUUACACGGAACAGGACACAUCUGAGUUUGGCUCAUCUUUAAUUGUUCAUGUCUGAAAAGCUAAAUUAAGGAAAACACCCUUUAUUACACAUAUAUUAUAAGAUGGUGAUAUUUUUUUAAGUAAACAUGAUCGGAUGACUAAUCUUAGAUAGUAUCCUGUACAUAUUUUACUUAAAGGAAUAGUUUUAAUGCACUUGUAGAGUACAUUAAAAGUACAUUAGAGUACUUCUUGCAGAGAGUUGGAUGAGAAACUCGAUACCACUCAUGUUCAUGUGUUGAAUAUGAAGCUAGAUCCGGAGGAGACGGCUCGUCUGGCUCUCAAUACACAUGUAUAUAUACAUAACUACACAUCUAAAGCUCGCUAUUUAACAAGAGUCCAGUAAGUGAUUAAAGUUUGGACUCCGCCAUGCUUCCAGUCUUUAUAAGCUAAUCACUUCCUGACUUGUUCCGUAUUCAACACACGAACAUGAGAGGUAUCGAUCUCAAACUCUUGUCAAAAGAGUGCAUUCCCCAAAAUGUGUAGAACUACUUUUUACUAUGCAACAGCCUCUGAGUCUUGGGAUGAGUCGUUUUGGUUUUUUUUUAAGGGCCAGUUCACCCAAAUUACAGGAAGACUUUCUAUUUUCUGAUCUGCUGCAGUUUGAAAAAUAACUGGAAGACGAUGUUGGGAUUGAAAGUAGAUUUCUUUUUUUUUACCCUUAGACAUAGUUUAAGGAAAAAAAUGAACUUCCAAUCUCAACUUUAAUGGACAAAAAGUCUUUGAAGUGAACAUCAACCGAUGAUUAGAAAAAGAGCUGAACAGCUGCUGGAUGGACCUCACAGUGAGAACUGUUUGAGUGAACUGAGCCUUUACUGCAGCCGUGCAAUAGAUGAUGUUCAGAAGCCAUAACAAACCUACUGAGCCAACAUUAAUACCAUUUUCCAACUGGUUGACCUCAAAACUGUCGACAUUUAGUGAAACGACACUUGUCACAACAUUUCAGUUUCUCCUUAUAGAGAAAACAUCAUAGAUCAAUGCAACCUGAAGUUUACCAUAAACAUUGCCCUUAAUAAUGAAAACAUAUGGUUACCCAUCAUUUUAUGUUGUUGAAACACUCGUUUACAGAGAUCGAUGCCGUUUGUAUUUACAGAAUGAUAACCUCUAAUAAUAAUCUGUAAAACAGAAUCAAGGCUUCAUUUUGGUUUUAAUUCUGGAUUCAUUUGCCUGUCCCGCUUCAAAAUAUACCAAUUCAAAUGAUCUUGUUUUGCAUUGUAAUGUAUUUUUCUGUGAGUAAAAAAAUAAAAUCUGAUUUUGCAAUAAAA